CCACUGUGUGCUCACACAAAACCAUAUACAACGAAAUUUAUAAAAUGGCUCGACAUAAGAACCGCGUCCUGCCCUUGCAUCGACAGCUGAAACCAGCGGACCGCGCCUCCGCGUGGAACGCUCUGCUGUUAGACAGCCCCGGCAACGCAGCUGGCUGUGUCAUCCCAUGCUGCCUGCUGGUUGAUAAGCUGGCGUCAACGGAGGGCGAGGCCGCGGCAGUGGACUACGACCGGCUGGGCGGCACAGAGCCGUGGGAGCACACGGCCAGGCGCAUAGCGAUGGACGCGGAGCGAAUCUCGCAUGAGGGGCAGGUUCUGCGGGAUGCAAGCCGACCAGCCGGCAUCAAACGGCUGCGGCGCAUCCUGACAGCUUACGCGCUCAUGGAUUGCGAGGUGGGCUACUGCCAGGGCAUGACCGACCUGCUGGCACCCUUCCUGGAGGUGUACGCAGACGACCAGGAGGCGUUCACGGCUUUCUGCGGCCUGAUGGCGCGGGUGCGCGCCAACUUCCUUUGCGGCAUGGAGGACAUGCAUCGCCAGCUGCGGCUGCUGGGCGAGGUGCUGGGCAGGCUGGACGGCCGGCUGCACAGGCACCUCGUCGCGGUCGGCGCCGGCUCCUUCGUGUUUGCGUUCCAGAUGCUGCUGCUGCAGCUGCGGCGUGAGGUGGCGUGGGAGGACGUGUUCGUGCUGUGGGAGACCAUGUGGGCGAGGGAGGCGCGGCUGGCCGAUGCGCUGGCGCCGCCGUUGGCAGCUGGGAGUGGCGCUGCAGUGGCGGAGGCUUCCCAGGCGCAGCUGCCACAGCCCCAGCAGCAGGUGCCGCCGGCGCAGCAGCUGGGUGCUGCUGCGGCGGCUUGGGCGGGAGCCGACCUCCGGGUGUUCGUCGUGGCCGCGGCACUGCGUGGGCAGCGCACCGCGCUGCUGUCAUGUGCGAGCUUGGAGGAGGUGGUUCAGUUUGUCAACCGGUUCCCGCGGCCUACCAAGGUGGUGGCGCUCGUAGAGCAGGCGGAGUACAUGUUUGUCAAGUUUCGCCGCCUUCAGCGGCCCUCCAGUGGCGGCGGCAGGAGCGGCUCGCUGUCAGGCUGUCUGCGUGGCGGCUGCAGCAGCGGCAUCGAGCACACCGAGCAGCCGGCGGCGCGUUCGAGGCCGCCGCCGGCGCAGGUGCCGCAAGGCCUUGUGACCACGAGUGAGAGCGACAGCCGUGGCCCUAGCUGAGGUGCGGGGCCCAACGAGCGCCGUGGGUCGGCCACCUUACAGUAAUAGGCACAGCCCGCCGCUGGAGAAUGCACCAGCAGGGCCGCUACCCUGCGUGCAUCUGCAGGUCUGCGCACGCGUGGAGUUCAUGUAGGAAUCCGCAAAAUGGCAGAUUAGAUGAGAGGCCCGGCUCAGCAGCGCGACGCCGCCGCCGCCGCUGCCACCGGCGGCAGUACCGCAGCGACUGUAGCCCCAUGGAGGAGCUGCAGGUGCGGGGGCGCGAAGGGCGAUUGGGCGUGUGCCUGUGCGGGUUAAAGCAUGGGGAUAUCGGGCAGGCGGUUGGGACGGCGCAGCGGGCGUUGUGAUUUAUAGCGCCAUAUGGCGCAACUGCGCGAUGAAAUGCGCAAGGG